CGCGAAUGGGGACCCGCGCGAGCGUCAUUUCCAUUUGUAAGGGGCCAGCGCUCACAAAAGCGCGGCUCCUGGGGGCUGCGGUGCGCAUCCUCCCCGCCCGCCGGCCCGCUCUCCCGGACCGACCCCUCCUCCGCCUCCCACACCGCCCCCUCCCCGCGGGGUCAGCCUGGAGCGCCCCGGCCCGAGCUGGCCGCCGGGCCACCCGCUUCCUCGCUGCCGCCCCCUGCUCCCGGCCCGCGGGGACAACCACCGCCCGGCCCCAGCCCGGCAGGGGAAGCCCCAGCCUGUUCCGGUGCCUGGGCCGCCAGGGCGCGCAGGGCCUCGCCCACAGCGCGGGGGCAGCAAGAGGCCUCCGCGCACCCCCAGGCCGCGGGGCGGGGGUCCGCGGGAGCGGGCUCCGCGCUUACCGCGUCCCGGGGCUCAGGCGCCUGGCGCUGCCGCUGGGGCCAUGGCCGCGGGCGCACUCGGGGCUCGGAGGCGGCGGCGGCAGUUGCAGCGGGACGGCCGCGCCCAGCGCGCUCGGCUCCCGGCUCGGCCGCGGCCACCCGAAGCUUUGGACGCAGGGGAGGAAGGGCCAGGCCCGCGCGGGGAGGAGGAGCCAGGGCGACGCCGGCCCGGGCGCGGCUCCUCCUCCGCGGCCCGCGCAGCUGGGGCCGCUGAGGGAGGAGCGCUGGGCGCCGCCCGGGCCCUCGCGGGGUCCGUCCCCCCUACUCCACCCCUUCCACGGGGACUGCGCCUCUGGUGGCCGGAGCACGGGGGAGUCCGGUCCCGGCUUGGCUGUGACCCUGGGGCGCUCGCCUCGGAGAUUUGAACUUGGAAGCUCCGGUGCUUGCCGGGGCGCAUAUGGAGGAGAAUGAAAUAAUGCCAUUUGCAGCAGCAUGGAUGGACCUAGAGAUUAUCAUACUAAGUGAAGUAAGUCAGAAAGAGAAAGACAAAUACCAUAUGGUAUCACUUAUAUGUAGAAUCUAAAA